AUGCCUGAGGCAAACUAUUUACUCUCAGUUUCCUGGGGCUACAUAAAGUUUAAAAGAAUGCUCAACCGGGAGCUAACCCACCUAUCUGAAAUGAGCAGGUCAGGCAAUCAGGUCUCGGAAUAUAUAUCAAACACAUUCUUAGACAAACAACAUGAAGUUGAAAUCCCUUCUCCGACACAGAAAGAGAAAGAGAAAAAGAAGAGGCCGAUGUCCCAGAUCAGUGGAGUCAAAAAACUGAUGCACAGCUCCAGCCUAACUAAUUCCAGUAUUCCCAGAUUUGGAGUUAAAACAGACCAAGAAGAUGUUCUUGCCAAGGAACUAGAAGAUGUGAACAAAUGGGGCCUUCAGGUUUUCAGAGUAGCAGAGUUGUCUGGAAACAGACCUUUGACAGUCAUCAUGCACACCAUUUUUCAGGAACGGGACUUGUUAAAAACAUUUAAGAUUCCAGUAGACACUUUAAUAACUUACUUGAUGACCCUAGAAGACCAUUACCAUGCAGAUGUGGCAUAUCACAAUAACAUACAUGCUGCAGAUGUUGUUCAGUCAACUCAUGUCCUGCUAUCAACCCCGGCAUUAGAGGCAGUGUUCACUGAUUUGGAGAUUCUUGCAGCAAUUUUUGCCAGUGCAAUACAUGAUGUAGAUCAUCCUGGGGUUUCAAACCAGUUUCUUAUCAACACAAAUUCUGAACUUGCCUUGAUGUACAAUGACUCAUCAGUACUGGAGAAUCAUCACUUAGCUGUGGGGUUCAAGCUGCUGCAGGAAGAAAAUUGUGACAUUUUCCAGAAUUUGACAAAAAAACAGAGGCAAUCAUUGAGGAAAAUGGUCAUUGACAUUGUACUUGCAACAGACAUGUCUAAGCAUAUGAAUCUACUGGCUGAUUUAAAAACUAUGGUUGAAACCAAAAAAGUGACCAGUUCUGGUGUCCUACUUCUUGAUAACUAUUCAGACAGGAUUCAGGUUCUCCAGAAUAUGGUGCACUGUGCAGAUCUAAGCAAUCCAACCAAACCACUCCAUCUCUACCGCCAAUGGACAGACAGAAUAAUGGAGGAAUUUUUCCGUCAGGGAGAUCGGGAAAGAGAGAGGGGAAUGGAGAUAAGUCCCAUGUGUGAUAAGCACAAUGCAUCUGUAGAAAAAUCACAGGUGGGUUUUAUAGACUACAUUGUUCAUCCUCUGUGGGAGACAUGGGCAGAUCUUGUUCACCCAGAUGCCCAGGAUAUCUUGGAUACACUGGAGGACAAUCGAGAGUGGUACCAGAGCACAAUCCCUCAAAGUCCCUCUCCUGCAGCUGAUGACCAGGAAGAGGGUAGGCAGGGCCAAACUGAAAAAUUCCAGUUUGAACUAACACUGGAGGAAGACGGUGAGUCAGACACCGAAAAGGACAGUGGAAGUCAAGUAGAAGAAGACACCAGCUGCAGUGACUCCAAGACUCUUUGCACCCAGGAUUCAGAAUCCACUGAAAUUCCUCUUGAUGAGCAAGUAGGGGAAGAAGUAGAAGAGGAGGAGAACCAGACAGAACCUUGUGUGGUAGAAGACCAUUCUCCUGACACAUAACAAUGAAGACGCAGUCUUUUUCUCUCUUGUCCUCUCCCUUUCUUUUCCUCUUUCUCUCUGUUUUUUUGUUUUGUUUUGUUUUAUUAGGUAAUGGUUUCCAAAGUGUAUGUCAUAUGCUACAACCAUAGUCACAACUCGCUGUCAUCUGCCAGGACGUUUGUUGAUCAAAACUGACUUUGAUGACUCAGUUUGGCGCUCAGGAAUAUUGUAACCAGAAUUUUCACCUCCAUGGCAUCAGAAAGCAGGGAGGAGAACAUCCAUAAACUACAUUUUUAUAAGCUCUCCAUUUGGCAGAUUUGAUUAAAUAAAGCAAAUGUUUUCAGAGGAGUACCACCUGCCAACCAAAUGCUGGUAUGCUUUGAUAGUUUUUGAAUUCAUUGUAUUUCACAAGCAAAGGAUUGGAUAAUGUCCAUCAUGAGAGGAAACAGACAGAAAAGAAACUGGGUUCCUGCUAGAAAACAAAUGCACAUAAAUAAUGGGACAACAUGAUUCUGUUACCAAUAGGAAGAUGAGCUGUGGAAAUUGUGUAAUUUUCUAAUUUCAAGUCUUCCUGAUACAUGACUGAAAAAAGUGUGACCCAGUGGGUUGCGCUAGCCUCUGCAUUUUGUAUAAUAUGUAAAAGCAAGAUCUUUUGUAGAGCUUACUUUUAUUAUUAAAUGUACCAAGGUAUU